GACACUCACCAGCCAAACCCUUGACACACAUACUGCCUCCAAAAAACCUCUCUACUCUCCAUCCCUCUCUUCCCCCAUGGGCACCCAGGCCACCACCCUAGAAGUGGAGGCCGCUGCUAAAACUAAGCUCGAUGAGAGUGAGAACGACGAUGACGUGUCAUCAGUUGAGCAGGUCCGACUAACGGUCUCCAACGAGGACGACAGUUCCCUCCCGGUAUGGACGUUCCGGAUGUGGACUAUAGGCAUGCUCUCGUGCAUUCUACUCUCAUUCCUCAACACCUUCUUCUCUUACCGCACGGAGCCGCUCGUGAUAUCGAUGAUCUCCGUGCAGGUGGCGAGUCUGCCGAUCGGACGGUUCAUGGCUAGGGCGCUGCCGAGGAGAAAGGUUUGGAUUCGUGGGAAGUCAUACUCGUUGAACCCGGGGGAAUUUAACGUAAAAGAGCACGUGCUGAUUUCGAUAUUUGCAAACGCCGGAGCCGGGUUUGGUAGCGGACCGGCGUAUGCGGUUAAUAUUGUGACUAUAAUCAAAGCGUUUUACGGUAGGAAGAUAUCCUUCUUUGCAAGUUGGGCACUUGUGAUUACCACACAGGUAUUGGGGUACGGGUGGGCUGGUAUUAUCAGAAAGUACGUGGUGGAUCCGGGCGCGAUGUGGUGGCCUAGCAGUCUCGUUCAGGUUUCUUUGUUCAGGGCUCUGCAUGAGAAAGACAACAAUCGAAUGUCGAGAGGGAAAUUCUUUUUGAUAGCACUGGUGUGCAGCUUCUCUUGGUACCUAGUGCCGGGCUACCUCUUCACAACCCUCUCAAUAAUUUCAUGGAUCUGUUGGAUUUACCCUAAGUCCAUAAGAGCUCAGCAAAUUGGCUCAGGCUUCCGUGGGCUUGGCGUUGGGGCAUUUACCCUAGAUUGGUCGGUCAUAUCCUCUUACUUGGGGAGCCCUUUGAUCAGCCCCUUCUUUGCCAUUGUCAAUAUCACCGUCGGAUACAUCAUCAUCAUGUACGUCGUCAUUCCAAUUUCAUACUGGAAGCUCAACUUGUACAAUGCAAAGAAUUUUGCAAUCUUCUCUUCGCACUUGUUUGAUUCCGACGGCCAAAUAUAUAAUGUCAAAGGCAUUGUGAAUGACCGGUUUCAGAUUGACAUGCCUGCCUAUAAAAAACAAGGAUUCAUAAACCUGAGUGUAUUCUUUGCCCUAACAUAUGGCCUUGGUUUUGCUGCUGUUGUAUCAACCCUCGCUCAUGUGGCUCUCUUCAAUGGAAGGGACAUAUAUGAACGAUACCAAUCGUCAUAUAGUGGAAAGAUAGAUAUACACACCAAAUUAAUGAGGAAAUACAGGGACAUACCCAGCUGGUGGUUUCAUAUUUUGCUUGUGGUGUCGUUGGUACUCUCUCUAGCAUUGUGCAUUUUCAUGAAAGAUGAGGUGCAAAUGCCAUGGUGGGGACUCAUUUUUGCUGCAGGAAUUGCAUUGAUUUUCACCCUUCCAAUCAGCAUAAUAACUGCCACAACAAACGUGACACCGGGACUAAACAUCAUCACGGAGUACGUCAUGGGUUUGAUAUUGCCUGGCUAUCCCAUAGCCAAUGUAUGCUUCAAAACAUAUGGAUACAUUAGUAUGGCACAGGCAAUUUCAUUUUUGAGUGAUUUUAAGUUAGGCCAUUACAUGAAGAUUCCGCCCAUAUCCAUGUUCUUAGUUCAGUGCGUAGGAACUGUAGUAGCCGGAACCGUCAAUAUUGGGACAGCAUGGUGGCUUCUAACUACAGUGAAAAAUAUAUGCAAUACUGAAUUACUCCCUGACACUAGUCCUUGGACUUGUCCUGGUGAUAGUGUCUUCUUCAAUGCAUCUGUGAUUUGGGGUCUCGUUGGACCGAAACGAAUCUUCGGUUCCCUCGGACUCUACGGAGGACUCAACUGGUUCUUCGUGGUAGGUGCACUCGGACCUGUCAUAGUAUGGUUGUUUCACAAAGCUUUCCCCAGACAGAAAUGGAUCGCCUACAUCAACCUUCCAGUGCUUUUCGGAUCAACCGCCGUGAUGCCACCAGCUACAACUGUGAACUUUAACAGCUGGAUUGUGGUCGGAAUCGUUUUCAAUUACUUUGUUUUCAGAUACAGAAAGAAGUGGUGGCAGAGGUACAAUUAUGUUCUUUCUGCUGCCCUAGAUGCUGGAGUGGCUUUUAUGGGGGUGCUUAUAUACAUAUGUUUAACCAUAAACGAGGUAAGCAUUUCUUGGUGGGGUACACAAGACUAUGACCACUGUAAAUUGUCUACUUGUCCAACAUCUAAGAGCGUAGAACUUGGUCAUGCUUGUGUAUUCCCUUAAGCUAGAGAGGUUUUUCAAUGUGCUCGAAACACAGUAUAAUAUAUCAUGUGUUAUUAUACAAAUGUUGAGAUACUUGUGUUAAAAAACUAGUAAUAUAAAAAAUAAAACGUUCCUCCACUC